GUUGUUUAAGGUCGGUUUGUUCAUUGCUUCCACGUGGUAUUUAAUGACGACACCAGUGUCAACAAUUACAAUGACAAUAGUACAUUGAUUUUGGCGAGAGAAUUAAAGUGGCAGAAAAGUAAAAAAACGAAUGAUUGCUAAAGUACCGUUCCUAUUAGGAAAAUCCUUUAAUGCUGGAGGUUAUUGCGUGACCAGAUUCUACGGCAAGUGGCCAGGGGAGUUGCGAGAAGCAUUAAGAUCACCACGGUAUAACCCCAUGUCAAAGGACACUCGUAUAAUAAAUAUGCAAAGAAUCAGAGAAAAACUAAAGAGAAAGAUUUCAAAACUAUCUCCUGAUGUAUUUUCGCUGCAGGUUUUGGGAUGUGGAGCUCCAGGAGCAGCAAGAGCAUUAUACGUAACGACAUCUCAUACUAAAUACCUUUUUAACUGUAGCGAAGGCACUCAAAGACUAGCUUAUGAGCAUCGGUGUAGGCUGACAAAAUUGGAACACGUUUUUGUAACGACACCAACAUGGAGUAAUUUUGGUGGACUCCCAGGUGUAGCUCUAACCAUUCAAGCCAAUGGCGUUCCUGAAUUAACGAUACAUGGGCCAAAAGGAACUGCGGACAUACUGAAAGCCAUUAAAAAAUUUGUUUCAUUAGGCGAUUUGUCUGUGAUUGCAGCUACUUGCGAUGAACUUGAGCCUUAUGUAGAUAAUGCAAUGACAGUGCGUUAUGUGUUAUUAAAGAAAUCUGGAAAUGAAUUAAAUGAACCAGCUCCAAUAAGGGUAUUGUCAGUAGACGAUACAGAUUACUAUGCUCAUGAGGUGAACGUUUACAAGAAAGCUCGUUUAGAAAAGAAAGGUAACAGGAAGUGUGAACAAGUAGUUCCUGUUUCAAUUCUUGGAGGACGUAUUGUUGACUCCAUGGCAUACAUUUGCAAAUUGCAUCCCAGGUCUGGAAAGCUCUCCUUAGAAAAAUGCGUAGAAAAAGGUGUGACACCGGGACCAUUAUUCGGAAUGCUAAAAGCUGGCAAAGACAUUACACUUCCUGAUGGUACUUUAGUGAAGAGCGAAGAUGUAUGCUCACCCUCCUUGCCAGGAUCAGUAUUUAUUGUGGUUGAAUGUCCAUCGGAGGAAUAUCUUCCUUCUUUAUUGAAUAAUUCAGAGUUCAAAGGAUACCAAGUAGGUGCCAACGAAGAAGAUGUGGCCUGUUGUGUUGUACAUUUUACACCAUCUGCAGUGAUCAACACACCUGAAUACAAAAGUUGGAUGGAAAAAUUCCCACCAAUCACAAAGCAUUUAUUAAUUAACGAAGACAACGAUGGCAUAGGUAGUGAAGCAGUUCACAGGCAACAGCAUAAAUUGCAUUUAAUCCAUCCAGAACUGUUUCCUUUAAUCGAUGACACUGGGUUUAAGAUCGAGGAACCUGAGGACUCAACUGAAAAUGCUGAAAAUGACGGAAAAAGUGUCACUGUCAAGAAGGACGAGAAAGCCGAAACCCUUCCGAGUACUGAAAAAGAAAACCAACUCGUAAAAAUUGGAGAAGCAUCAUCAAUUCAUUGUGCAAAAACAUUGCACACUUUUCACUUGCUUCCACCGGACGGUUUAAAUACAGAGCUUGAACCAGUUCUCCAACCGAAGGCUUACAUUCAGGAGGCUCUCGAGAGCAACGAGUUCUGCGACGCUCUAGCGGAGUUACAAACCAACAUCGGAGCUAUGACUAAGUCACUGGGAACAAUGGAGCCCUUUCCUAUGGUCGUUGUACUAGGUACUGGGUCUUGUAUACCUAAUAAGACCAGAAAUACUAGUGCUAUUUUACUCAGGAUUGAUGAGGAUAGAAGUAUAUUAUUGGAUUGUGGAGAAGGUACGAUAGGACAGCUCUUCAGGUUUUAUGGAAGAUCCAAAGUGAAUCACAUUCUCUUAACUAUCAAGGCCGUGUAUGUGUCCCAUUUACACGCGGAUCAUCACAUUGGAUUAAUUGGAUUCUUGAAGGAAAGAGAGAAGCUAACCAAAGAACCUGUUUUUCUGCUGGCCCCGCAACAAAUCUCUGCAUGGUUGCCAUACUAUCACGCGAGGUUUGAAUUAAUCCUGAACAACUUUCAACUGAUUCACAAUGCAGAUCUUACGCUGAAUUACCACAACGUUAGUGCAAAAACCAAGAUGAGUCUCUACGAAAGCCUCGGUGUACAGAACAUAAAUACAGUUCCAGUAAAGCACUGUCCAUUUUCCUUCGGCAUUAGCUUGACUCUGGGAAAUGGUCAAAAAAUCGUGUACAGUGGCGACACGAUGCCCUGUGAGGAUCUGGUCCAUUUAGGUCAGGAUUGCAGUUUGCUCAUCCACGAGGCGACCAUGGAAGACGAUUUAGAGAAAGAGGCCUUAUUGAAAUUGCAUUCCACCACUUCUCAGGCAAUUAAUAUGGGGCACCGAAUGAAUGCGAAAUUCACCCUCUUGACGCACUUCAGUCAACGAUACUCAAAGAUGCCUCGUUUAACAGGACCAGAGGGCGAUCUUGACCUAUCCAAUGUUGGAAUUGCCUUCGAUUACAUGCAAAUUAGCCUCUCGCAGUUGCCUCUCCUUCCACUGUUCUAUCCCAGCUUGAAAUCGCUCUUCUCGGAGUAUACCGAAUUACUGGAGGAACGCGCCAAGAAACGGCAAUACAGGAAUAAUCACGAGAAUUUUUUGGGUCAGCGAUUAGAGGAAACGCACUGACCGGUGUAAACAAUGGAUAUGUAAAAAUCAGAUCACGUGUAAAAACGAAGCAAGACUAAGUCGGACGUGAAUUGACAAAAUAGAGUACGAUGAGAAUCCACGCUUCAACGACUACAAACCCGUGUUAAUUGCAAUACGAUCAUCGAUUGUAAAUAGACUGGGAUGUACUGUAACAUAGUAACUUGCCCUUCCAAGGACGCGAAUCGCAGGACGACCUCGAAGGGAUGUGGACAAGGCUUGGCAGGGCGAGAAACACACCGAGGGUCGCCAAGCAGUUUGAUCGAUUAGAAACUCUGUUUUAUUACUUCUUGUCGAUUUUCAAACCGAUUACGAAUUUUCUUUGCCACUCGAAAGUGACCAAGGUUUUGCCCGAGGGUCCUGCAAGCAGGUUUAUUCUGCCUCUCUACUUACCGAGGCAUUCGCGAUAGGUAAAACUUGCCGAAGCAUCGUAUGGGAACUUGGUACUUGUCCGACGUGGUGCGUAGAGUUUACAGAGUCCUUACGAGAAUUCCACGGGUUUGCGCUUCACUCUCCCUGUGGUUCUCUCCUAGGAUUACACCGUCGCGUACCUACCACGUGUAAUUAUUAACGACGCUAGAAAAUAAAAAUAUUCUAUGUACUACUUCCUCCUAUUACUCGUUACUAAUACGUGGCGAGCUGUCAGCGCGUUCCAGUGUCGUUCAGGUGAUACGAAAGGGUCAUUCUAUACAUAUGAAACGUCAAAAUGUACCAAAUUUUCCCCAAACUGGAUGCACCGAGUCAUUUGAAUCUUCGUCAUAUGAUCAUGGAGGUCCAAAGGAAGAACGCGGUGCUCAUGAAAUUUCAUUAAAAAAAAAAAAAAAAAGUAUUCUUUGUUCUA